GAGCGGCUGAGCUGGGGGCGGUGUCGAGCACGUUCCGCCGUAGAGGGGCGGAGCGAGUGCGCUGCUGCGGCGGGAAGAUGGCGGGCGCGGCUGCUGAGGUGGUGUCUCUGCGCCUGUCGCGGCAGGAGCAGGAGCUGCUCUGGCUGACGGCGGAGGUCGCCCAGCUGAAGGGGCAGGAGGCGCCGGGCUGUCCCGCGACCUGCAGCCCCGAACUGCAGCGGCUGAGGGCCGAGAACGAGAAGCUGCGCUACCGCCUCUUGCACCUGCGCCGCAGUCUGGCGGCCGAGCUGGGCAGGGCAGCGCCGGCGGAGCCCCCGGCCGGUGGCGAGAAAGUCUCCAGUGCAAGUCCAACUCUUGUGGUGACUCAAAAUAAAGAGGAAAAGAAAAAAGAAGCUGUGAACCUACAUCAGAAUGAUCUACAGCGUGAGCCAAGCUUCAUAGAAGACAGACUGAAGCUUUACGAAGCACUGAAAAAAGAACAUGAUGCUUUGCUAGCUUACAGAGUGGCCAACCAAAGCAAACCUAUCAAAAUUACUCUGACAGAUGGAAAGGUGGCUGAAGGGGAAUCCUGGAAAACCACACCAUAUCAAUUAGCUGUAGGAACUAGUCAAGCGUUGGCUGCAGACGCAGUCAUAGCGAAAGUGAACGGUGAACUGUGGGACCUGGAUCGUCCACUGGAGGGAGAUUGUACUCUGGAGCUGCUUAUGUUUGAUAAUGAAGAAGCAAAAGCUGUUUAUUGGCAUUCAAGUGCUCAUAUUCUUGGAGAGGCCAUGGAAGAUUAUUUUGGGGGCUGCUUAUGCUAUGGACCACCAAUUGAGAAUGGAUUUUAUUAUGACAUGUAUAUUGAAGAUAGAGGUGUAUCUAGUACUGAAUUCCCACUGCUAGAGAAUCGCUGUAAAAAUAUAAUGAAAGAGAAGCAGCCUUUUGAAAGGCUGGAAGUCAAAAAGGAGAUCCUCUUAGACAUGUUUAAGUAUAACAAGUUUAAGUGUCGGAUCCUUCAUGAGAAGGUGAACACAGCAACUACUACAAUAUACAGAUGUGGUCCACUGAUUGAUCUCUGCAGGGGUCCACAUGUCAGACACACAGGAAAAAUCAAGGCCCUUAAAAUACUUAAGAAUUCUUCUGCGUACUGGGAAGGAAAAUCUGACAUGGAAACUCUGCAGAGAAUAUAUGGAAUAUCUUUUCCUGAUAACAAAAUGAUGAAGGAAUGGGAGAAAUUCCAGGAAGAAGCCAGAAACCGGGAUCGUAGGAAAAUUGGAAAGGAACAAGAACUCUUCUUCUUCCAUGAUUUGAGUCCUGGAAGCUGCUUUUUCCUUCCCAGAGGUGCCUUUCUCUAUAAUACACUUGUGGAUUUCAUAAGAGAUGAAUAUUGGAGGCGUAAUUUUACUGAAGUUGUAUCUCCAAACAUCUUCAACAAUAAGCUCUGGGAAGCUUCAGGACACUGGCAACACUACAGUGAAAAUAUGUUCUCUUUUGAGAUUGAGAAGGAAACUUUUGCCCUUAAACCAAUGAAUUGUCCAGGACAUUGCUUGAUGUUUGCCCAUCGUCCACGAUCGUGGAGGGAAAUGCCUCUUAGACUUGCAGAUUUUGGAGUUCUUCAUCGAAAUGAACUCUCUGGGACUUUAAGUGGCUUGACUCGUGUAAGGCGCUUCCAACAGGAUGAUGCUCACAUCUUUUGCACAAUAGAACAGAUUGAAGAAGAAAUUAAGAGCUGUCUUGAUUUCUUGAAGUCAGUGUAUGCUGUCUUUGGUUUUACCUUUCAACUGCAUCUUUCUACAAGACCAGAAAAUUAUCUAGGAGAGUUAGAGAUCUGGAAUCAUGCAGAAAAGCAACUUCAAAACAGCUUGAAUAAUUUUGGAGAGCAAUGGAGUUUGAAUCCAGGAGAUGGAGCAUUUUAUGGUCCUAAGAUUGAUAUUAAAAUCAAAGAUGCUAUUGGCAGGUACCAUCAAUGUGCUACUGUCCAGCUUGACUUCCAGCUACCCAUUCGAUUUAAUCUUACUUAUGUUGGUAAGGAUGGCGAUGAUAAGAAAAGACCAGUGAUUAUUCACAGAGCUAUUUUGGGAUCUGUGGAGAGAAUGAUAGCUAUUCUAGCAGAAAAUUAUGGAGGAAAAUGGCCGUUCUGGCUGUCUCCGCGGCAGGUCAUGGUUGUGCCUGUGGGACCUACUUCUGAAGAAUAUGCACAGCAGGUUUGCAGCAAAUUUUUUGAAGCAGGAUUUAUGUCCGAUGUGGAUCUAGAUCAAAGUUGCACAUUAAACAAGAAAAUUAGAAAUGCACAGCUGGCCCAGUAUAACUUUAUCUUGGUGGUUGGAGAGAAGGAGAAAGCAAAUAAUGCUGUCAACGUGCGAACAAGAGACAACAAAGUUCAUGGAGAGAUUUCAGUAUCUUCUGCUAUUGAAAAACUCAAGAAAUUAAAGAGUUCGCGUAUUCCAUAUGCAGAAGAAGAAUUCUGAUGUUGCCAUUAGGAAAAAUAAUUAUUAGCUGCUCAUGUGAAAUGGUAUUUCUUUCCUCCUGUACA